ACAAACCUUCAAAAAGGAAUAAAAAAAAUCCGAUUUUUAUCAUAAAAAUUUCAUCUUUUAGGCGACGGCGAGAGAAUCUGAGAUUGGAUUCGAUUUCUGGGGGCAGUGAUUUGGAUUACUCUCACUCGGAGCUUCGGAAUACUUUUAGUUGGAACUCGUUUAUAGAUUCAAUUUGGUUUCUUUUUCCAGAUCUGAGUGGUUAUCUCCGAUUUUGGAUUUGAAAUUCACAGAUGUCGAAACCUUGGGGUGGAAUCGGUGCGUGGGCCGAUGAGGCUGAGCGUGCCGAUGAAGAGCAAGCUGCUGAAGCUACAGCUACAGCUACGGCGGCGGAUUCACAGAGCUUCCCGAGUCUGAAAGAGGCUGCAACUGCUAAGUCUUCUAAGAAGAAGAAGAAGAUGACUCUAUCGGAGUUCACAAACGGACCAUCAUACACUGCACCGAGCUCUGCUGGAUUGACGAGGGAACAGAUGCUUCAGCUUCCCACUGGUCCAAGACAACGCUCUGAGGAUGAAAUGCAACCUGGUCGUCUCGGUGGUGGAUUCUCUAGUUACGGUGGAGGUAGGUCUAGUGGACCUCCGGGAAGAAUGUCACGAGAUCGAGAUGAUUCUGAUGGGUCUUGGGGCGGUGGUAGGAGAUCUUAUGGCGGAUUUGACGAUGAUCAGAGGGGAUCUAAUUCUAGGGUUUCUGAUUUCCCACAAGUUUCUAGGGCUGAUGAGGAUGAUGAUUGGGGUAAAGGAAAGAAAUCGCUUCCUUCCUUUGAUCAAGGACGUCAAGGUGGUCGUUAUGGUGGUCUCGGAGGCGCAGGCGGUGGCGCUGGCAGUUAUGGUGGCGGUGGCGGUGGCGGUGGCAGCUAUGGUGGCGGAGGUGGUAGCGGUGGCAGUUAUGGUGGUGGAGGUCAGGAGGAGCGUCGUCGUCUUGUUUUGGAGCCACGUAAAGUUGAAUCAGGAGUGACUGAAACUGAAGGUGAAACUGAAACAGCUGUGAAGACUAGUAAGCCGAGUCCAUUUGGCGCAGCCAGACCAAGAGAGCAAGUUUUGGCGGAGAAAGGAUUGGACUGGAAGAAAAUUGACUCAGAGAUUGAGGCUAAGAAGGGACAAACGAGCAGACCAUCUAGCGCACAAUCUAGUAGACCAUCAAGUGCUCAGUCUAACAGGUCUGAGAGUACAGCACUGAACAGUGUGGAGAAUGUGGUGAAACCGAGACCAAAGGUGAAUCCUUUUGGCGAUGCAAAGCCUCGGGAAGUAUUGCUCGAGGAACAAGGGAAAGAUUGGCGCAAGAUGGAUUCUGAACUCGAGCAUCGCAGGGUUGACAGGCCUGAAACAGAAGAAGAGAGAAUGUUGAAGGAAGAGAUUGAAGAAUUAAGGAAGAAACUCGAGAAGGAAGCAGCCAUCGCACCUGAGAGCAAGGAAUCUCAACCAGAAGCCGAAAAUAACAACCAUAAUCUACCGGAUCUUAUACGUGAGAAAGAAAAGGACCUGGACUUACUGAUCCGUGAGUUGGACGACAAAGUCAGGUUUAGGCCAAGAGCAGUCGAGAGACCUGGAUCCAGUGCAAGCAGAACUUCCUAUUCAGAAAGACCUCACUCACGGGCUGGAUCAAUUGAUGAGUCUAGGAAUGCCGAUUCCAUGGAAAGACCUCGAUCACGUGGCACAGGUGAUAAUUGGCCAAGACAAGUAGAUGAUCGAAGAAACUUCCAAGGAAGCAAGGAACGUGGAUUCUUCAGCAACAGAAACUUUGACAGGUCAUCGUCAUCACCAAGGCAAGGAUGGUAAAGAAGGAAACGAAGGAUGAAUGUGGAAUGAGAUUGGAGUUUGGUUGACACACCAUUCCCAGAUUUUGAAAAAGACAGAUAAGAGAGAAGCUUCAAUAAUAUUAAUAAGAAACAUUCAUCUCCUUUGGAAAAAAACCUAAUUUAGGGGGUUUUUUUUGUUUUUUGUUUUUUGUUUUUCAUUGGUUCAUCUUCGGAAUUGAAGCCUAAUGGUUUCUUCGUCUUGUUGUUUUUUUGGUCUUUUUUUGCUCGUGAAACGGCAUGGCGCAAGACUUGUGACAAUUGAUGUGUCUUCACAAUUUUGGAGACAGAGACUCUGUUCUGUUCUUCUUCUCUGUUUAAAAAAUUCUAUUUACAACACUACUGUUUCAGUUUCUGGUUGUGCGUCUUAUUGUUGUGAUCUUCUAUUCCAAAGUUGUGGAGAUUUGUGUCAUUUUGGUUGAAGUGAGAUUUCACA